AUGGGUCGCCAGUCGAAGCGAGCAACAGCUAGAGGAGAUGGCGAGUGUAAUUAUAAUCAAGUACAUCACAUACCAAUACCACCCACAACAAGCACACUCGAAUCCUACAUUUCUGAAUUCAGUCAAAGACCAACAAAUUACAACCGAGCACCGAUUAUUAUCUGGAAUCCACGAUCCUAUCAAAAGCGAUUGUAUUCCAUUUCGAAACGACAGAGUCGUCAUCACGUGUCGUGCUCGUUAGGAUCGAAAAGAUCAUCGCGACGGCAUGAAGAAAAAUGCAAAUCGUCUAAUUCAAAAAAGAACCGACGAGUCAACUGCUACUGUCAAACUUCAUCUGAUCUCGGUUAUUUGUACAGUACAAGCAAUUGUUAG